AUGGUUAUGGAAACGAACCAAAAAGUAAAUUGUACUUUAGGAGAUAUAUUCUUGAGUCCAGCAUUCAUUGAACAGUUCCCUAUUCUAAAUUCAGAUAGAUUCAAAUUAGUUGAAGAUCGCAUAUUAAAUGAGCCGGAAUAUGUUCCACAAUUGGGAAGUUUUAUAAAAACCAUUGGUGGAACCAACUUAAAAAACAAUGUUAUUAGAAUUUUAUCUAAACUAAUAACAAACCAAUAUGCUAUAACAUGUUCCUGGACUGGUAGAGGAAAAAAUAUUGAUACCAGAUUAGGAGAUUCUGGGUUAAUGAACUCAAUCAAAAAUGUUAUUAAAGAAAUUUAUUCCAAUAGUUAUACAGACUCCGAAUUUGAAAAAAUAGUGCCUGACUGGUUACGUCAUGCUAACACGAGGUUUUCCAGAACAAAAUAA